GCAGUUGGAAGGAAAGGAAGGAAGCAAAGAUGGCGGAGGAGGUGCACGUCGAACGCGGCAUUGUCUUGCGAUGCGACAUGAGCAUCAAGACGUUUGUGCAAGCACUGGAAGCGAGGAAGAUCAUCAACAACGGAAACCCGUUCAUCAUCGAGGACCUGGGGUCCUUUGGGCUCUUUGUGAAUCGGGACUGCGUGGAAGAGAUUGAAGGCCGCGUUGCAAGCAUGCUUGACUCAAACCACUUUGACGACGAUGCAACCAAGAAGGGAAAGAAGAAAUACGGCUAACAGUUUAAUUUUUUUUUUUGUGUGUGUGUGUGUGUGUGUGUGAACUUGUACCUGUGCGCUUAGAAUUUGUGGGUGGUGGCGGGUUGCUGUGGUGCACAUUGACACAUUUGCACACCACAUGUACCACGCAGUCCUGAAACAGCUCUAAUUGUAUUUUUUCAGCCCAAACUUUUGUUGUUUGAUUAACCGAGCGAACACAGCAAUGGUUCACGGCCAACGCUAUGCAGUAAACGACAAGGAACUAUGAUGACAAAUCAUGACCUCGCCAACGCACCCC